UAACAUAGUCACUAUAGAUUGUCGAGAUCACACUCCACUGAUGGGCUACGAUGAGCUGUGAUCGAUCACAAGACUCUGCGAGGUUAUUGCGUUAUACCUGUAGUACUCGGUGGAUAAAAUAUUAACGUUUGCUACCCAAUCGGAAGGUGGCAUAAAAACCGGACACCAGUUAUAUAUCGGUUAUUUCAAAGGUCACUUCAUAUCUCUUGACCUGGACUGGAUUUAUAGAUAGUUCAAACACACGAGGAUAUAUAUCACUAUAUCUGGAUAUUACGAAAAGUAAAUAUAUCGGUGUGGGUUAUAAAUUAAUGUGUAUAAGUACAUUCUAACCUGACGUAUAAAACAAUCCUAUUUGUGGGUAGAUCACUAAGCUGUGGUGGGACUGCUGAUCGAGGCUCGUUGGAUUGUUGAACUACCUUUAAUCAUACAGCUACGACAGAAUGGUGGGCUACUUCGGGGAUGAUCAGGGGCAGUCGGAGGAGGUUUAUGAUAAUGUGGAAUUAAAAGACCUCCCUAAAAUGGCCGAUUUACGGGAGGAAGUGAAUGCGAUCGUACAGAAAUCGUCUUGGUGGGAACGAUAUGGUGUUGACUGGGCGAUAAUGUUCGCCGUGUUCGGAUUGGUAUUUGUGGCAGUUUACUUGAUGUCCUGUGAUAGCAUGCUGGCUGUGGGUCUAGGAAUAGCAUUAUACGGCUUCUGUCACAAUUCAAUCGCCGUUAAAGGCGCACAUGCUGCAGCCCACGGAUCCAUGUGCACGUCUACUGCAUGGAAUCGUGUAUGGAUGGUCCUGUUCUCAGAUAUAGCUGGAACAUUUCCAUCGGAUGCGGCAUAUAAUAUCCAUAUCAAGACUCAUCAUCCACACACAAAUAUAAUUGGACUCGGGGACUCCAGUACGUGGAAGAUACCGUUUUUACCGGCGUAUCUGUACAUGUACGUAGCUCCAUUACUGGUUCCGGUUAUAACAAUACCUGUAUCUCUGUCAGAACUGCGAGGAAAAUGGCUCCAAAUGGCAAAGUAUAUAAUACUGGCUGGACUAGGACUUUCGAUUAACUUUUACCUGUUGAUGAACAUGUCUGGAUUUACAUUCACGAAAGCGCUGUUGGUUUCUUGGGCAGCCCGUGCAAUGCUGUCCAUUCCGUACAUCCACGUUAACAUUUUCCAGCACAUUGGACUUCCGAUGUACUCCCAGAAAAGUCGUCCAAAGAGGAUUUAUCAGAUGACCACAGGUGUGCUGAACCUGCCCCGGAACCCAAUCCUGGACUUUAGUUUCGGACACUCCAUCGUUAGCUGUCACGUGGAACACCAUCUGUUCCCGACCCUCUCAGACAACAUGUGUCUCAAGAUUCAACCGACGGUGUCGAGGUUCAUCAGGAAAACCGGGCUACCUUAUAACGAGGACACUUACCGCAGUAGACUGGACCUCUUCACGAGAAAAUAUGAGAAACUGAUGGUUAACGCCCCGCCAAUAACACAUUUCGUCGGUAUCCAGUGAUGGUUGGAUAAUAUCAACACUUGUGAUUAUUGUGGCUUCAGCUACUUUUCUGAUAUAAAUUACUGUAACCUCAUUGCUUAAUGUGCACAUAUAUAACACACUGCAUGAAUCGUCUGUAAAACAAUCAUUCAGGAAGAGGUAAUACCUGGCUGAAUUAAUACGCGCAUGAGGAUUUGGACGACGUACUAACUCCAAUUUUUAUGCCGCCCAGGCAAACAUCAUCGACAAUGUUUCGUGAGGUUUGGGUGACGUAUAAUGGAAAUUGGUGGAUAACCAGGGUUAAUAACUCAAAGGGCGGACAAUAAAUAGUUCGUAUGGCCAGGGAUACAAAUGAAUCGAAAUAGUGUCGGAGAGUGAUUCAAAUCACUUACAUGUCGGGGAGUGAUUUAGAUCUCGGACUUACAUGUCGGGGAUUGGUAUAAUUAUGUAUUUGACUUGUGUUUCUACAUGUACAUUGUGUAACAAUGUAAAUAUUUAAUUAACUGCAGUGUGUCAACAUUGCAUGAUGUGUAAUUAUAACAACAUAAUUAGCUACAAGGUAUCUUCAUUAUGUAACGACAUAAUUAUGUAAUUAACUACAAUGUUCUACAUUGUGUGACGACAGAUUUAUGUAAUUAACUACAAUGUUCUACAUUGUGUGACGACAUAAUUAUGUAAUUAACUACAAUGUAUUUACAAUGUAUGACGACAGAUUUAUGUAAUUAACUACAAUGUUCUACAUUGUGUGACGACAUAAUUAUGUAAUUAACUACAAUGUAUUUACAUUGUGUGACGACAUAAUUAUGUAUUUAACUACAAUGUUCUACAUUGUGUGACGACAUAAUUAUGUAAUUAACUACAAUGUUCUACAUUGUGUGACGACAUAAUUAUGUAAUUAACUACAAUUAAUUUACAUUGUGUGACGACAUAAUUAUGUAAUUAACUACAAUGUUCUACAUUGUGUAACGACAGAAUUAUGUAAUUAACUACAAUCUAACUACAUUGUGUAACGACAGAAUUAUGUAAAUAACUACAAUGUAACUAAAUUGUGUAACGACAGAAUUAUGUAAUUAACUACAAUGUAACUAAAUUGUGUAACGACAGAAUUAUGUAAUUAACUACAUAUAUGUACAAUGUUCUACAUUGUGUAACUCUGAUUAUGUAAUUAACUACAAUGCAUCUACAUUGUUUAACGACAUAAUUUUCAAUUAUCUACAUAUAUAUGUAUGUACGAUGGCACAGAUAUAGAAUCGGACCAAAACGAAGUGACCUUAGUAUGACAGCGUCUUCAAUGAAUUAGUUAUCAAUGCAAUUACAGUAGUUAUUUAUCCGUUGUAGAAGACAAAUUGAGAAGUUGAAAGUGUUGGAGCCCUUUCCAUGUUUUCAAUCGAUGUCAGAUUACUAAAGAAUUUAACAUCGCUUAUAAUUAUUUAAUACAGUCAAUCAAAAUAGUAAUAGAAAAUGAAUGAUGACAAUCUUUGCGACAAAUCAGCAUUUUUUCCAGCCCACGAAUUUCAUGUUUUAAAUUAUGCCAAGGACAACAACUUUAAUGAAUCCAAUUAUGAAACUGUUGCUCCAGACCACAGGGACUAUAAUAUAUGGACCGUGGCUUGGAAAUUCGCUCCAAGUUCCUGUGCUCCAGACUGUGUGACGUCGAACCCGAUGAUAAAGCUGUAUGACACAGGUGUCUGGGAUUUGAACUUGCUUACCUCGGUGUUUUGUGAAGUUAAAUGUUUUGAUUGUCAUGUUUGUUUCACGUGAUGUAAAAUAAGUAAAAAUGUAAUUUAUAUAAGCAUUGAUUGGGUACACAUAUAUACAGCUAGUUGGCGAUACGAACUUUGGUGACAGCGAAAUUUUAUUCACCAACAUCAGAUAACAGGUCAAUGCGACUGUAUUUUAUUUUAUUUAAUACAAUGUUGUUGUUUUUUUUUUUAUUAUAUUUUGUUAUUGAUUUGACACAUUCAAAAUGAAAGUUGAUUUUU